AUGGAAGCUGAGGUACAAGAGACGUCUGUUUCAGAAGCGAGAACAGAGGCCGAGGAGCCAGAAGAGGACAAGGGGCUUGAGGAAAAAGGGGGCGAAGGAGCUGGAAGCUCAAAGGAACAGCCAGCGGAGGCUGCAGGAGAGCGGGCUGACCAGGCCUCAGCAGAGAAACCAGCCGAUGAUAAGGGAGCGGCAGUGGCCGAGGAAGCAGAGCCGAUGGAUGUUGCCAAGGAGGAACCCGAAGAGCAGGGAGCUGCCGCGGAAGGUGCCGCGGAGGAACGGCCGGGCGAGCAGGAAGUCAAAGCUGGGGAAGGAGAGCCAUCGGAGACCCGUGAAGAAGUCAGAGAGGCCAAGGCUGAAGAGGAGCUGGGCGGGGUCAGCGAGGAGAAGCCAGAAGAGCGGGAAACUGCCUCAGAAGACGGUCCGUCUGGUGAGCCGGUACUCCCGGCCGAGGAAGUGCUAGAGCAGCCGCUGAAAGAGGGCUCUGUUAAAGAGGAGGAACCAAAGGACGAACUAAAGGCAGCCGAGGAAGAGCCCAGCACUUCCACCGAAGCAGCCGAGGCUACCCUGAAUGGGGCAGAAAGCGAAGAGGUGGCCCGGGCGACGCCCGAAAAGCCAACAGAAGAAAAUGCCGAAGGGAGAGUGGGGAAAGGGCAGCGCAUUGGACUCCUCCGGAGACAAAUUCCCAACCUGGCUCCAGCCAGCUGCGUCAUUAACACGCUCUCUGGAGCGUGCCUCUCGUUACACGGCCCCAGAGGGGUGCGGCACAGCCUCUCCGUCAGCGGAGACGUAGGCAUGGUGACAGUUGGCCGCUGCAUCGUUACGGUGGUCAGUUGGGAAACCGACGGUUCCGAAGAGGAGGACAAGGAGAACGACAGGGCUGAAGAGAAAGAAAAUGAUUCAGCACUUGAGAACAAGACACUGUAUUUACUAGGUUCUCCCAUUUUCUUCCCUUCAUCCCUCGUAGAGAACUACAGCCAAGCUGUGGAAGAAUUCCAGGCUUGCCUCACCCUGCAGCAGAAGUAUCUGGAGGCCCACGACCGGCUGCUGGCAGAAACCCAUUAUCAGUUGGGGUUGGCCUACUGUUAUAACAGCCAGUAUGAGGAGGCGGUGUCUCAGUUCAGCAAAUCCGUGGAAGUCAUCGAGAAGAGGAUGACUUCGCUAAGCGAGCAGGUGAAGAAAGCCGAAGGAUCGUCCGCUGAGGCGGAGAAAGAAAUCGAAGAGCUGAAAGAACUGCUUCCCGAAAUUAAAGAGAAGAUCGAGGACUCGAAGGAGUCCCAGAAGAGUGGGAAAGUGGCAGAGUUAGCCCUGAAAGCCACACUGGUUGGGGGCUCUACUUCGGGCUUCGCCUCAAGCGGGGGAGGCGGCUCCGUUUCCUCGAUUGCAGUAAGAAAACCAGCCGACGGCGCCUCCUCUUCCAACUGUGUGACCGACAUUUCUCACCUCGUCAGGAAAAAGAGGAAACCAGAGGAGGAGAGCCCCCGGAAAGACCACGAAGCUAAGAAACCCAAACAAGAGCUGGCUGUGAAUGGCGGCGGCGGAGACGCCACCCCCAGUGAACAGGACAGUGCAGAAAAGAUGGAAGAGGAGACAGAGAAGCGGACGGAGGCGGGGGCGGCGGCGCUAGAAAGCCCGGCCUGA